AAGUCCAUCCUACUCGGACUCAACACCCAAGCAUGCCACUGCUUGCCUAUCCUCACGAGUCACGAGAGAGCUUUGCCACACAAUCAGUACGACGAACUCUCUCUUUCUCCAGCUUGGCGAAAACCUCCCCGUCCCCAUCAUCAAUAUUCAGAGAGACAUGGCAGUAACGGGAGUUACAGUUCGUAUGAAGAUUCAGAUGCAGUCAGAGAAACAACAAAUGAAGGGUUUUCAGUCCGCCUGCAUGGAAUUAAGAUGGAUCAGAAGAAGAAGCACCCAAACCUCACAAAUUAAUAGAAAGCUGCGAAGCCCAACAAUUAGGUCGCCUUUUCCGAUUUACAUUUCUACGGACCCAAAACAUAUCGAUCUUCACCAGCUUCAACAACUCUAUGCCAAUUGCAACCACUCGUGCUACAGGUUCCCCAAUUAUGUGGACGCCCAUGGCUGCGUCGAACCCGUCGAUAUCCAUAAGCUCCACGUUGCUCUGUCUCACAGCGCCGUGCUUGUCUCCGUCUUCUGCAAACCUCACCAUAUUGUUGAUGAAGAUAGGGGUGGCGAUUCCACUUCCUCUGCGGAUUCGUCGAAGAUGAUUAUGGGUGUGGCGGAUUUCUUGCAAAGCAUGACGCCGGUUUCAACCUUCGACGGUCAGCUGGUGGGCUUUGGCCGUGCCAUUUCUGAUUGUGGCCUUACCGCUUCUAUCUACGAUGUGAUGCAGGUAAUUCCUUCCCUGCGGAGAUUGGGAAUUGGCCGAAUGAUAGUUAAAAAAAUUGUGAGGAUGCUCACAAAUAGAGACAUUUAUGACAUAGCAGCUAUUUGUACAGAGAAUGAGAGGUUAUUCUUUAGGGCAUGUGGAUUUGGAGGUGACAUUUUGGGCUCUACUACCAUGAUGUACACGAGGGCUACAUUACCAACGACCCAGCUAGGUGAAUACGACGUUAGACGCAUAGGCCGAAAGCAGAAAUCAUGUAAUGAGUGAAGUCUCACUACAGAAAACAGAAAUAAAACUGCAGAAAGCAAAAACAAGAUCAGCACAGCUCAACGAGAAAUUUUCAAUAAUUGGCAUCUCUAUUUUUAUUCAUUCUUCUUGACAGGUGUAAAAAAUAGUCUCAUUUGACAUGGGAAGAGGGAGUGAGUCAUUGAGCAACUGCAGGAAGAGGGAGCCCUAUGGUUCAAUGUAAAUGUGCUAGAAAUUGAAGGUUCCUGGGGAAAUUUCUUUGUACAGAUUCUUGCCAAUUCUUUUGCAUGUGACCAAUUUAAUAUUUCCCAUUCACCGUA